AUGACUGAGAUACUACCACAUGUAAACGACGAAGUGCUGCCAACAGAGUAUGAACUUAACCAGCCGGAGCCAGAACAUUGUCCUGGUCCAGAAUCAGACAUGGCAGGUAAAUCCGAUGCUUGUGGUGGCUGCGCCAAUAAAGAAAUAUGUGAAAGUCUUCCGAAGGGUCCUGAUCCGGAUAUCCCAUUAAUCACAGAUAAUUUGUCAGGAAUAGAACAUAAAAUAUUGGUUUUAUCAGGCAAAGGUGGUGUAGGCAAGUCAACCUUUGCCGCAAUGUUAAGUUGGGCACUCUCAGCUGACGAAGAUUUACAAGUGGGUGCCAUGGACCUAGAUAUAUGUGGGCCUUCCUUGCCACAUAUGUUAGGCUGCAUUAACGAAACCGUCCAUGAAUCGAACUCCGGUUGGACACCCGUCUAUGUGGCCGAUAACCUAGCCACCAUGUCUAUUCAAUAUAUGCUCCCAGAAGAUGAUUCCGCCAUUAUAUGGAGGGGUUCAAAAAAGAAUUUGUUGAUAAAGAAGUUUUUAAAGGAUGUUGAUUGGGAUAGACUCGAUUACUUGGUGAUUGACACGCCGCCUGGGACAUCUGAUGAGCAUAUUUCAAUAAACAAGUAUAUGAAAGAAUCGGGCAUAGAUGGUGCCCUUGUGGUCACUACACCGCAGGAAGUAGCUUUAUUGGAUGUACGCAAGGAGAUAGAUUUCUGUAAGAAGGCUGGUAUCAAUAUCCUUGGACUAGUGGAAAAUAUGAGUGGGUUUGUAUGUCCAAACUGUAAGGGGGAGUCCCAAAUAUUCAAAGCUACUACAGGUGGAGGUGAAGCGCUUUGUAAGGAAUUGGGGAUCAAAUUUUUGGGGUCUGUUCCCUUAGAUCCGAGGAUUGGCAAGAGUUGCGACAUGGGUGAAAGCUUUUUGGAUAACUAUCCUGACAGUCCAGCUUCGACUGCUGUACUCAACGUCGUGGAAGCUCUCCGAGAUGCAGUCGGAGAUGUAUAA